GUUUAUUCUGACAGAUUUUUUAUCAAAACAGUGAAACAAUUUGGUAAUUCUAAAUUUUAAUUUUGCCGCAACACACAAAGCUAUAAUGAGAAUUAAUGAAGGGGUGUUUGCCUAAUAUCAUGGGAGCCAACGCUUCAGCUGCACUAAUGAAGGAAAUAGGAAUAGAUCAACUGCCUGCUAAUGAGAGAUAUUUUGGUUUGCAUAACUUUGGGAACACAUGUUAUUGUAACUCAGUCCUUCAAGCUUUGUUCUUCUGCCCACCAUUCCGCGAGAAGGUUCUACAAUACAGAUCCCAACAGAACGGUAAACAUGGUUGGAAUGGGAAGAAGGAUAGCUUACUUGCUUGUUUGUGCGAUCUCUUCUACAAUAUAUCGAGCCAGAAGAAGAAAUGUGGGGUUUUGCAUCCGAAGAAGUUUAUUGCUCGCUUGAGGAAAGAAUAUGAAUCGUUUGACAAUUACGCCCAACACGACGCCCAUGAAUUGUUCAACCACCUCAUUAACUCUAUACAUAUUGUUCUGCUGGAAGAGAAAACUGCAGAGAGGGAAAGAAGGAGGUUGUUGGAUCAACAAAUAUCAUCGGGGGUUUCAAUUAAGAAGGAAAGACAUAGUUUCUUCUCAAGAAUGAAGAAGGAAAACAGAUCUUCCAAGAGCGUAUCAGGUACUCCGGAAACUGCUGGAUCAACAUCCGGGAGUUUGGAAGCUCAGAAUGAAGAUUCCUCUUCGUCAGCUGCCAUGUCGGAGUCCCCACUUCCAACCGAUACAGAAUCAUCCACCCAUGACCAUGAGAAAGUGAGAGAGGAGCAAGAGCAGGAGGAGGAGGAGGAGAAACCUUCCAAGCUUGGGUAUUUUGCCAGAAAGAGGAAAAAUGCGAAAAAAUCCACGGACUCGAAACCUCCGGAAAACGGUGACUUACCGAGGACACCUACUGGUCAAAGUGAGGAUGGAUUAGAUGACAUGACGACGUGGAUUCAUGAAAUAUUUCAAGGAACUUACACAACUAUCACCAGAUGUUUGACGUGUGAAACUGUAAAGAACAAAGAUGAAGAUUUCCUCGAUCUUUCCGUUGACAUCGAACAAAAUACUUCAAUUUCAAACUGUUUAAGAGUAUUCAGCAACCAACAAACAUUAUCGGGCGAACAUAAAUAUUCAUGUGAAGUUUGUAGAAGCAAACAAGAAGCACAGAUUGAAAUGAGGAUCAAGAAACUCCCCACCAUCCUUGCUCUGCAUUUGAAGAGGUUUAAAUAUUGUGAGACAUUGAACAAAUACACAAAACUCACAUACAGGGUUGUUUUCCCUUUCGAGUUACGUUUGUUAAACACGACAGAGGACGCCGAUAAUCCUGAGCGACUUUAUGACUUGAUGGCUGUUGUUGUUCAUUGUGGAUCAGGUCCUUAUCGAGGUCACUAUGUGUCGAUUGUGAAGAGUCAUGACAUGUGGUUAUUGUUUGAUGACGAUAAUGUAGAGAAACUUGAACCAAGUGGAAUGGAGGAUUUCUAUGGAGUAACUGCUGACAAGAACUCUGAAUCGGGAUAUAUUCUAUUCUAUCAAAGCAAGGAACAGUAGCAGUGAUGCGCAACCGAUUUGCAGCGGAAAAACAUCACGCAACACUGGAGAUAGGUGGUGUUAAGAUAAUACUGGAGUUUUCUAAUGGAGACCAACCUAUCUAGAGAGAGGUUAUUCCACAAGUGUGUUAGUUUCUUACAAUCCAUACUUCAAUACUUUAUCCCAUCAUUAAAGUUUAAAAAUAUCUUAAUUUAAACACCCAGUGGCACAGCCAGAAAAAAAUAAGGGGGGGCGUUUAUUCAAAAAAAUUUCAAAAAUAUAUAUAUUUUUUGGGGGGUUUAAAGGGGAGGGUGCGACACCCUAACCCCCCCCCUGGCUGCGCCACUGUAAACACCCAUUUGUGCUGAAGUGGCUGUUAUUUCAUUUGUGCUCAGUGUAGAUUUAGUCUUGGCAAACUUUACAGCGAAAUCAUAUUUUCUUUAGUGUAAUAGUAGAUAUAUAGUAUGAUGUAGCUUGGUUUAGACAACUGUGUGCUGUUAAUCAUAAACCAGUGCUUUUCAACCCUUUGAAACUGACACCCAAAUAUAAACAUAACCUAAUGGCAACCCACAAUUUUAGCUAAAAGUAAGAAUAAAUAUUUAACUUUUAUAAUAACGUUGAAAUUGCUUAGCAAACCACUGUAGUAGGCAACCCAAUGAAAUGGUGACCCAGGGGUUGAGAAGCACGAACUUAUAUCUCGCUUCUCCAAUCUCCUCUUAAUAACACAAUGAUAACUUACAUCUAUUAGCAAGUUGUGACCUUUUGAACCCAUGUGAUAGCUCUGUUAAACCCAGGUUCAAACAACCAGCUGAAGUUCAUAUCAUACGUAGCAACAUGCUGUGCUUAUCCAGGGUUUAUUAUUAGUUGUACUAACGUGGGUAAUAUGGCAUUACCUGGCUAAAACAAGUUGUUUACAAUUGUUGUGUUCAAGUGUUUACGAUACAUUGGAUUGUGGUUUUAAAGGGCUCCAAUGUCUUAAACAUACAACAUUAUUUGUGUUGAAUAUGUUUUGUUCCUUACCCUAAGAAAACCAUAUUUGAGUCUUAAUUCCUCUUAUUUACAGCAAAUACCAUGUUUUCUUAUAUAGAUACCAUGUUGUGUUUUAAAUAGCUUUGGUGCUGUAUUGUGUACAUAACCACGCCCGUGUAUGUUCCUAAUUCAUUGCAAAUGAAAUAUAAUUGCUCUGUUUAACACUACAAAAACUACAAAAAUUACAGCAUAUCUAAAAGCGAUAAAAAUGUUUAUCUAAUGUUUUUUGUUUUUAUGAUUGCCUUGCAAUUUUACCAAAAUUGUUGAGUACUCUGUUUAACACUACAAAAACUACAAAAACUACAAAAAUCACAGCAUAUCUAAAAGCGAUAACAAAUUUUAACCUAAUAAUUUUUUUUGCCUUAAAUAGUUGUCUUUUAAUUUUGAAGAGAUUUGUAAUUCACCCAUAGUGGCCAGCUGGCACAUUUGUGAGACAUUGUUUUUUGGCGCGUAUGCUUUUAAAUCUAGUCUCCCGCUU